UGCAACAUACAUAUUUAAUGGAGAAGGACCGGAGCUCCGAGAAGACACGGCAGCCGGAGAGUGGACAGCUCUCCUUCAACCCCGACGUUCCGGGGUAUGAGAUCAGCCCUGUGCAAUCUCCAACUCAAACUCUUGACUUUGACUUCAGCACGAGGUUUGAGUUGCCUGCGCAUGAGCCUUCAUCUGCCGAUGAGCUCUUCUCUGAAGGCAAGAUCCUCCCCCUUCCAAUCAAAUCUCCUGUUGUAACACCAACCAAAACUCUCCAUCACCACAAUCAAACGAAGCAACAUAGUGUUAGAGAAAGUAUCACUGACACAAAUCAUGAGCUCAAUUCAACUCAACAGCUUAAAUUAUCAGAAGGAAGAAGCACCAGCCGGGGGUCGUUCUGGCUGUUGGGUAGGAGUGGCAGCGAUGGCUUCAAGUCCAAGGUGAGCUCCAUCUAUUCCUUUCGUCGGAGUAAAUCAGCAGGCCCUCAUGACAGAGUCAACACGAAGCAUAACAAGAACAUGAACAUCAGCAGCGGUGGCGGUAACCAGAACAGCAAUGGCAACACAAGUCCGUUUCGUCAUAAAGGUUCUACUGAUUCAAGCUCCAAGAGAACCUACUACUACUCAGGCAUCAAACCAAGGUCUCAAGGCACUGGAGUCAGGAUUGACCCUGUUCUCAAUGUGCCAUACCUGUCAAGAGCUUCAAACAGUCCUGGCAAUAUUAGCUGCAGAAGUAGCAGUAAUUCAAGCAUAUUUGGUUAUCUCAUUUGCAAGUGCAGUAACUAGCAAGUGGAAACGAGAUCAGU